CUAAUGGGAAAAGUGUAGCAUGUGGGCAGGUGGUGACUGAAUUACUGAUUCUUUAAUGGACACACUGGCUCAGCCACUAAUUAAAGAGCGCCUGGAUGUGAGGUAGCAGCAUUUCAAACCCGGAAGGAUAAGAAACAGGUUGAAACAUAAAAAUACUAAACGCAGCAAACAGCACCAUAAGAAAUGUGAGAAGGGAGGCGGGCAUACUGGAGCGGAGUACAGGGACAGUGAACAAAAGCUUGUACUUGCUAAUAAAAAAAUAUUUGUUUGGCUUGUGCAACUGGUGGACUGACAAGGGAUCUUACACACAAUACACAAUAACGGAAUCUAAAGGAAUGUAAUUGUACUUCAGGUUCGUCAGGAUUAACAUAUAAACAUAAUGUUUAUCACAAGAUCGUAAAGGAAAACCAAAUGUAUAAAAUACAGUACUGUCUGUAGUAUGUUUAUUUUUUAAGUACAGCAGAGCGUGCUAUUUGUUGCAGUUUUCAUUCACUUUUGACAUUUUUUUUGUUGUUGUGACGUGUACAUGUUAGAGAGAUAGCAAUGACCGUAGCUGUGUUUUUCGGAUGCUCGUUUAUCGCUUUUGGUCCAGCAUUUGCCCUUUUUAUUUUCACCAUCGCCCGAGAUCCACUGCGAGUGAUUAUCCUUAUCGCUGGGGCCUUCUUCUGGCUGCUAUCUCUGCUGCUGUCCUCGCUGGUCUGGUUUAUUGCCAUGAAAGCCAGCAAUGACAAGGAUCAGCAGUUACAGAGGGGCCUCCUUAUAUUCGGGGUGAUGUUUUCUGUCCUACUACAGGAAGUGUUUCGCUUUGCUUACUACAAACUAUUGAGGAAGGCCAGUGAAGGUCUGGCAGCACUGAGUGAGGAUGAGCGAUCGACAGUUUCGGUCCAGCAAAUGGCAUAUGUGGCUGGACUGGGGUUUGGUAUCAUGAGCGGAGCUUUUUCAAUGAUUAACAUCCUCGCUGACUCACUGGGACCGGGAGUAGUAGGAAUCCACGGGGAAUCUCAGUACUACUUCCUCACCUCAGCCUUCAUGACAAUGGCAGUCACCUUGCUGCACACGUUUUGGGGAGUGGUGUUUUUUGAUGGCUGUGAAAACAGGAGAUGGUGGGUGAUUGCUGUUGUCGUCGCACUCCACCUGCUGGUGUCUGGACUGACGUUUCUCAAUCCAAUAUAUGCGGGCAGCUUACCCCCAACCUAUGUAAUACUGGUAUCGAUGGCUGUCUGGUCUUUCUUCUCAUGUGGUGGGUCACUGCAGAACAUUCAACAGUUAUUGACGUGUAGGAAAAAUUACGCAGAUUCCCAGGUUGCUUCGUAACUGGAAUUGGUUUCAGCAUCCCUCGGGACAGAAGUUGUUGUCAGGACUUUCAGCGGUUCUGCAAAAUUUGGAAUGAAAGCAGUAUUUGAGUUCCAGUUCAAGCAAUACACCUUUACUCCUCACAGACUUGUGUAGGACACACUGCUCAAGAGAAUCAGCAAUACUGGCAUAUUUGCACAUGGACUAUGGUUGCUUUUUAUGCCUUCUCUUAAGAUGGAUUCUGCAUCCAUAUUUGUGUGUGUGUGUGUGAGUUUGUGCAUGGAAAAGAGUGAGCUUGGGGACAGAAGGGUCUGUUUGACUUGUAAUUGUUUUGAAUAAUGUACACCACCUGUUCAAAAGCACCUCAGCAAAGACUGCAAUUGUUCCCUAAUGGACAAACACGUCUUAGUAUCCCAGUACUUCCCUUCACUUCAUGUUGUAUGUGUAGUUCUUUAAAGGGACAGUGUAGGCUUUUGUUAUGUGACCACUUCAUUUAGUUCAGCUUCCAAUCACAUUUUAGAUACAUUCACUGAGAGUAUAUACAUUUACUGCCAAACAUUGAAUCAACUAAUAGAAAUAGGUAAUUAUAGUCUAUGGUCUAGCCAAAGGGUGGCAGUGUUGUGUGUGUGUGUGUGU